AUGACCAAAGUUUGGCUUCUCCUUUUUCUGCUUCAUGAAGUAACCGCACGAAAGCUCACCAAGGAGGAGAAUGAAGAACUGAAAGAAAAGUGCUCUGUCAAGCCAUCAGUGCAUCUGCGUGUUAAACGGCGACAGCCAGUCAGUAACUCCGAAUAUCCGUUUGCGGCUGCAUUGUGCCAACGUCGUGUCGUAUACCUGUUCGGAGAAGAGAUACGACAGCGCUCUACACCAACAUGUAGCGGCGUGUUAAUUUCAUCCCGACACAUCCUGACGGCUGCACACUGCUUAUAUGCAGACUACAUUACUUCGUGCACUCAUGGAUUACGUCCACCGAGACUCUCAGCGCAAAACGUCGGUAUUUUUCUCUCAAGCAGAUGUAGAAAGUCGGAAUGUUGGUUUAAGGAAAAAAUGUUUGAGCCUACUUCCGUAGUCAUGCAUCCGAGCUACGAAGAUUGCAUGCGCAAUGGUAUAUUUGACAUUGGCGUGGUUGAGCUGAACGAGGACGUGGAUACUGUGCCCAUUUGUAUGCCUGAAACAAAAUCUGCAUUUUCUAACCAUGAAAAGCUUGAAUCCAUUGGAUACGGAAACGUAGAUGAACAACGGGCUUUACAAUCAGUUUCGUACCAUCAUGUAGGAGAAGGAGAAGAUAUUUUUGCCUACAACAUGACCCUGGAAAAUGACCUCGCUCAA